AUGGCGCCGUCAUCGUCCCUCGUCAAGAAGGCUUCGCCCACGAAGCAGCGCCGCCUGCCCCGCGCUCGCCGUUCUUCACAGCACAUCACCGCUUUGAGCCCCCAGCCCGAGGCGCUCCUUGGUGCCACCCUUCAUUGGGUCGACCACAUUGUGCCGGUCUUGCAGGAGCAGGAAGACGCCGUGGUCGCAACCUCAACGGCACCCAAGACGAAUCGUGCUACUCCCUCCGACGAGACCGUGGUGGUCCACGCUGGGGAGAAGGUAGGCAGCAUGGCGGGCACAGAUUCAAUCACGACACCGAUCGUGAGCGGCACGACACACUGGUUCAAGAACUCGGACGACCUCAUCGCGUUCAAGGAAGGCAGGCGCCACAGCUUUGAGUAUGGCCGCUACGGCAACCCCACCGUGAAGGUCCUGGAGGACAAGAUCAGCGCGCUCGAGAGGGCAGAGUCCACGCUGGUCACGUCCUCCGGCAUGAACGCCAUCGUCGCCACGCUACUUGCGCUCGUGCCGCCCAGUGCCGGCCACGUGGUGACCACGACCGAGUGCUACAGCGAGGCGCGUGCCUUCAUCCGCGACAAGCUCUCUAGGUUGGGCAUCAAGGUGACAUUCGUCGAGCUGAAUGACACGGAGACGCUCAAGGCCGUUCUUGACAAGGGCGACGUGACACUCUACUACACUGACUCUCCGACGAACCCCCAUCUCAAGUGCAUCGACAUUAAGCUCGUCGCGGAGCUGUGUCACCACAAAGGGGCUCUGGUAUGCAUCGACAGCACCCUCGCCUCACCCAUCAAUCAGAAGCCUCUCACCCUGGGGGCUGACAUCGUCGUGCACUCCGCCACAAAGUACAUCGCCGGCCAUCACGACGUCAUCGCAGGAUGCAUCAGUGGCUCCGAUGCGCUCAUCUCCAGGAUAAGAGUGUGGCAUCACGACAUCGGCGGCACCAUUAGUCCCGAUGCAGCCUACAUGAUAAUACGCGGCCUCAAGACGAUGGCGCUACGUGUGGACACGCAGAACCGUACUGCGUUGCGUAUGGCGCGCCUACUCGAGAACCAUCCAAUGAUUGAGCGAGUGUACUAUCCUGGGCUCACCACCAGCCCGUGGCACCACAUCGCCAAGAGCCAGAUGACCGGUUCUGGCGGCAUCAUAAGCUUCGAGGUGGCAUCGGACCUUCACGGUGUCAUGAGGUUCAUCGAUGCUCUGGAGAUACCCUUCAUCGCGAUGUCACUCGGUGGGUGUGAGAGCCUCGUGCAGCAGCCAGCGGUCAUGUCCUUCUGGGGUCAGAGUGGCGAGGAGAAGGCCAAUAAUGGGAUUAAGGACAACUUGGUGAGGUUUAGCUUUGGGAUUGAGAAGUUUGAGGAUCUCAAGGAUGACGUUCUCCAAGCCCUCAAGAAGAUUUAG